AUGGAUCCCGAUCAUCCACAUGAAGCUCCUCCACCUUACUCUGCAGUUGACCCUAUGCAACUACAGGAACAGGUCGAUGGACAUAACGAGGAUCUCCCCCCUCCACAAUUAGAGGCCAGCGUCGCUUCGCUAAACAUCCAAUCUCCAUCGCCAACAUCUACAUCCAUUGUUACUCCAACAACAGAGACACCGGAAAUUUCAAUCACAGACUCCGGGCCAUUAUCCGAACAUCCCGCGCCAACAGUCCCGGCUCAAUUCGCCUCUGCAGCAGGCUACUUCGCUGAACGAUCUCAGCCCGUCUCAGUAACCGAAGACGCCAAACGAGAACUGCUCAUUCAUCACAUGACAAUCUACGCCCGCAGUCAUGGCAAGGAUUUCCCCCGCAGACCACGCUGCUGGAACAGCCGAACCAGCGAAGUCAAUCAACAUGAUUGGGACACAUUUCUAAAUUUCUUGUUCCCUUCUCAUCUCAACCCAGCAGCGUCAUCGAACAGACUUCAUCGUCAGAUACGCGCUGAGAUCGAGCGGGAUCGUAAGGAUCGUGCUCAAGAGACCGAUGAGCAGCGAUCAGCGCGGAUAAAGGAAGUGAUUACGGAGUGGAAUGAUCACUUUUUCGCUAUUCGUGCAGUCCACAUAACAUGGACAUAUGUGGCAGAUUUAGAGGAAGGACCGACGUCGUCUUUAUGUCCAAAUUGCUAUCCCCAAGCAACUAAAGUCUCUCGAGACCGCGGACUCGGCCGAAAUGACUCGACAAACGCGCCGAUUCCAGUAUCUACGGAGCAACCAAUUAAACAAAUCAUAAAACGAAGACCGGUAGCACAGAACAGCUGGGGUUCAGACUCACAAACAUCAAGUGCUGGUGUUGAGCUUUCUCCCGUCGUCGUAUCCGGCGGAUUUCUAGGCCAAGGAAGAAACCAAACCCGAAUGAUAAACCCCGAGAGUUAUCAAUCGUCUGCAUCGUGGAAAUCGCAUCCCGUGGCUUGGGCUGCGCAAAUGACUUCAAUAGCGCAACAAUACGCAACCAAGAUCAGCAACCAGGCACAAGAAUAUGGUCGAGCGAUGGAAGAAAGUGCAUUGGCCCGUUCGCGGCAGGUGGAAAUGUAUAGUAAGAAGGUAGAGCAAGACGCAUUGGCGCGCGCAAGGCAGAUCGAAGCCAUGACAGUCGCCAAGGGACAGAGGAUCGAACAAGCUGGAGAUCGGAUCGCCAGUUGGGCGUCUAACAUGGGGAAGCGUGCCGUCAAUCCGCGUCCUGGUCCAAUGCCGAGUGAUCAUUCCUACGAUCUUUCAACAUACGACUUCACCUACAACAAUCUGAUCAGACAGCAACAGCCGAGUUCCCGACGACAAUCUACGGCUUCUGAUACAUCGAUCUCAUCCGUAUCGUCUAUCGACACUGUCUCGUCGGUAUCGGAUCUAGAACCAGACGACCUCGCAUCCAUCCGAGCGCAACUUUCAUCGCUGGAUGACUACCACCAUCACGAACUCUACGAUGCUGCGGUCUCCCUCCGUAGUCAGCUCGAGGCUAUGAAAAAGUCCCGCUGCACGGGUCGCUUCAGGUCGCACCAUCACCACCGCCCCUGGGGCCGAUGGGAAUCUCCCGAAGAAAGUGCCAAUAGGGAACAGCGACGGGUGGCAAUGAAGCAAGAAUCAAAACUCUUGCGAGAGAAAUUCAACGAGAUUGAGCGUCGUGCGAAGCGCGAAAUUCAUGAUAUGCAGAAAGCGAGACGGGAUAUGAAAAAGAGGCAGCAGCGGCAGCAGCAGCGGCAGCGGCAGCGGACGUGUGGUUCAAUGGUGUCUGAACAAUCGCUGCAUGUAGAGCCACCGCGAUCUCGUGGGAUGCCUGAUAGGACGGUGUCGGAUACGAAUACCGAUUUGUACAAGGAGGUUCAUAUGGGACCGCCAGAAUCAUUGGAUCGUACGAUCAGCGAGCCUAUUACUCAGGUUAUUAGUAAAAACACAUCCCCGUCGAUUACAUCUUCAACAAGCACAUCGACCGCAUCUGCUACUACCGUAGCUGUCAACCCGCACGAAGCAGCAAAAGCGUGGACCGAAGCACAACGCCUACGCGUAAAAGAAAUCCAAAAGGCGAACAAAGAGCGCAUCAAGGAGAUUCAGAAAUCGUACAAGGAGCAUGAAAAACAACAACGCAAAGCGAUGAAGAAGCUGUCCAAGCAGAAACAUACGACUACUUCUACGUUUGGCGGAGUUUAUUCGUCGUCGACGGCGAGUUUGGAGACGGGGACUGCUAGGAUGGGGUCAGGGCAGGCUGUUGAGGAUUUAGAUGAUGUUGCAGUAAAACCACCGCAAGAAACUGGGACUGAAAAUUCUGCCGUGACAAGAGAGAUGCCUAGUCAGGAGAGACCUCCUAGCGAAAUUGCUGGUACAUUUAUAGCGGAGCUGGAUGGGACGUCAGUUGAGAGGAAGUAG